UUACCAAGAUGGCUGACAGUUCUGGAAUGCCGUCAGGAUUUGACUACGAGUUUGUGAUGGAACUAGACGAUGAAUAUGCCUGCCCAAUUUGUCAUCUUGCUAUGCGAAUGCCAGUGCUUACGAAGUGUGGACAUAGAUUUUGUAAGGAGUGUUUAGAAGAGGCCAAUAAGAGUCGUCAGAAUUGUCCACUCGAUCAAGAAGAGCUUGGCCCACAACAUGUGUUUGAAGACAAGGCAACCGAACGUAAAAUUCUKUCGUUGAAAGUAAAGUGUCCAAAUAAAGGAUGUGAAUGGCAGGGAGAGCUGAGAAGUGCCAAGUCUCACGUAGACGAGUGUCCGCUGACUAUUAUACCCUGCAGUUACGGGACAUUUGGAUGUGACUUCAAGGAUCAAAGAAAAUCUUUGAUUGAGCACGUGAUUGUCACACAUCUUGCAUUUACCGUGGAAAAACUUACGGAACUACUUCAAGAAAAUGAACAUCUCAAAAAAGAAAUCCAAAAAGUGAAUCGAGACUACGCGGAUAUUGCUGCCCAACUUUCGUCAAUGAAUACAAUGGCGCAAGAAGGGAAUAGAUUACGGCAGCGUUUGUCAUACACAUGGAAGGUGAACGACUUUGGUCAGCAGCUACAGAACGCUAAAAACCAAAAUCGACAUGUAAGACUAUACUGUGACCCAUUUUGCACCCACAAGAAUGGAUACAGACUUAUAAUAGAGCUUCAUCCAAAUGGCAACGGAGAGGGUCUGGGCACCCAUGUAUCUGUGUAUCUCAUUAUCAUGCGCGGUGAAUACGAUGCUAUAUUGACUUGGCCAUUCCCCCAUAAAAUCAAGUUCAUGUUACUUGACCAGAAACCAGACCAAGCGCAGAGGAAAAACGUGGAUUUUACUUGUAUCUCUCACACUGGAAAUCAAGAUUUUUUCAAAAGACCUUCAAAUGAUUAUAAUAGUGGUAUCGGAUGCCCUUGUUUUAUUUCACAUGAAGAUUUAACAAAGGAAUCUUACGUUAUUGAUGGAAAAAUUUUCCUAAGACUUGAACUGAAACAAGCCUCUUGAUUUUAUCCUGUCAUAAAGUCGUACUUUUGGCUAGCCAGCUUGUGCACUUAAUCAUUCGUCUUUAAAGUAUGAAUAAAUAUAAAUUGAGCAAGCUGAACAAUCUAAAUAUAAGUCCGCCAUUUGCUAUAUAGCUACCAACAAACGUAAAAUAGAGCGCAAACACAAAAAACAUGAAAUAUGGUGAAACGGGUUGAAAGAUGUCAUUGAAACCCAUGAAACAAAAAUUGAUUAUAUAAAAAUGUGAUCAAAUAAACACACGCAAGAAAAAAUAAUGUAAUUGGCCUUUAACAAAGCGAAAAAGGGACUGGUUCUGAACUUCAAAAUCUAAUUAAAUAAUGGUUCCAAAAAGAAUAACCCCAUCAGGUGAGAGAGAACCAUAUAAAAGGCUUACUGACUAAGUUUCAUGAUGUUUGAACUUAUAGAAAUAAAGUUACGGACAUUCAAACCAUGUCAAAAUUACAGAAAUGUAUGGUGUCCAGCCAAAGCGUCCAGCCAAACAUACAUUCUUUGUAAUUUUAGUAAUUUUUGAAAAAUUCUAUUUCCAUUUCUAAUGACUUAAACU